CGCAUGUGCUACCCCGCCCUCCCACUCAGUUGUCACCAGGGUUUGGGUUAAAGAGCCUUCAGCUGCUUUUGCUGGCCGCAGAGCUGGUUCAUUACUAUCAUCAGUCUCAUUCAUGUUCGCUCGUACAGCACCAUCAUUUGUGAACCAUGGCAAACUGUUGCAGAUGCCUACAUGCGAGACUUCAACAUUGAUGCAGACACAGUCUUCUUAGUCGGCCUUUCACUCCGUUAAAGUUCCAAAGAUUUCCAUUCGCUGUGGGCGAAAUGAUAGCCAGCCCCCUGCUCUAAAGUUUAGACAUUUACUUAGAUCCUGGAGUUUAAGGCAUGGAGUCACCAACUAAGGAAAUCGAAGAGUUUGAAAGCAACUCUCUCAAAUACCUGCAACCAGAGCAAAUAGAGAAAAUAUGGCUGCGGCUUAGGGGACUGAGAAAAUACAAGAAAACUUCCCAGAGGUUGCGAUGUUUGGUCAAGCAGUUGGAACGAGGUGAAACUUCUGUUGUCGACCUGAAGAAGAAUUUGGAAUAUGCAGCUUCAGUGCUUGAGACAGUCUACAUCGAUGAGACACGCCGUCUGCUGGAUACAGAAGAUGAACUCAGCGACAUCCAGUCUGACUCUAUUCCGUCCGAGGUCCGUGACUGGUUGGCCUCCACAUUUACAAGACAGAUGGGAAUGAUGCUGAAGAGAACGGAAGAGAAGCCAAGAUUCCGCAGCAUUGUCCAUGCAGUGCAGGCAGGGAUAUUUGUUGAAAGAAUGUAUCGCCGGACGUCAAAUAUGGUUGGACUAAGCUACCCACCUUCUGCCAUUGAUGCGUUGAAGAAUAUAGAUAAAUGGACCUUCAAUGUAUUUGCACUGAAUGAGGCCAGUGGAGAACACACACUGAGAUUUGUUGUUUAUGAACUUUUCACCAGAUAUGAUCUCAUUAGUCAUUUCAAGAUCCCUAUUUCCUCCCUUGUGUCAUUAAUUGAAGCUCUGGAAGUUGGAUAUACAAAGUACAAAAAUCCCUAUCACAAUCUACUGCAUGCAGCAGAUGUUACACAAACUGUCCAUUCUCUUCUGCUGAGAACUGGUAUUGUGCACUGGAUGACAGAACUGGAAAUCUUUGCCAUGAUAUUUGCAGCUGCUAUUCAUGAUUAUGAACACACUGGAACUACAAACAAUUUCCAUAUUCAGACCAGAUCUGAUUCAGCUAUUCUGUACAAUGACCGAGCUGUACUGGAGAGUCAUCAUGUCAGCGCAGCCUUUCGCCUGCUGCAGGAGGAUGAAGAGAUGAACAUCCUAUUCAAUCUGUCUAACGAUGACUGGAGGGAAUUUCGAUCCCUGGUAAUUGAAAUGGUCUUAGCAACUGAUAUGUCUUGCCACUUUCAACAAAUCAAAGCUAUGAAAAAUACCUUGCUGCAGCCAGAGGGGAUUGACAAGCCAAUGGCUCUGUCACUUUUGCUGCACACAGCUGACAUCAGCCAUCCUGCUAAAACAUGGGACACGCAUUAUCGCUGGACAAUGGCAUUGUUGGAAGAAUUCUUCAGACAGGGUGACAAAGAAGCCGAAAUGGGGCUUCCUUUCUCUCCACUCUGUGAUCGUAAUUCAACUAUGGUGGCACAAUCCCAAAUUGGUUUCAUUGAUUUUAUCGUGGAGCCAACGUUUUCUGUGCUGACCGACAUGUCUGAAAAGAUUGUAACUCCCCUUAUUGUUGAAGCAUCCCGCCCAGGUACUAGUGGAUUUCGACGAUGCAGUCUGAAUAGUAUUCCAUCUACUGACGUGAAACAUUCAAAGCUGAAGCAAACAGGUGCUGAAGGAUGUUCCUCAAUAAAUUCUUCCCUACUUACUGUGGAUGUGAAGAACUUUAAAAGGAGCUGGAAUGAAAUAUUGCAACAAAACCGUGAGAAAUGGAAGGCACUGCAUGCUAAAGAUGCCGAAGAAAAAGCCCAAAGAGAAGCUCAAGAAAAGGCUGAGCAGGAGCAGGAAGCACAAAAGAAUGAAGAUACAGAACAACAUCACGAUAACAAAGAACAGACAGUUGAACAGGAAAAGAGCAGUGAUGAAGAAAAACAAGCGAAAAAUAAUUUCACCAACCUAAAUCCUGUUCAUACCACCAGUAAAGAUGACAAGUCUAAUGAGGAGGAAAGUCAUUCUGAAGUAGAGGAAAACACUGAAAAUGGAGCUGCUGAAGGGAGAGCACAGCUUAUACGGAUUGGUGAGGGAAGAAAUGCCAAUGCAAAGCCAGAAGAACAUGAGGAUACCGGUGGGAGAAGUAACCAGUUGGCAACACAAGGGAUGGAUGAGCAGUCUGGCACUGGAAACUAGUCUGGUUAUUCUUGCUUAGCUCCCCUCAUUCUACAUAGUUUGGCUUACAGAUAAAGGCUUGGACAAUGUUUCAAAUUCUUGUUCUUCCCAUUGGCUAUUUAAAAGUACUAAGAACUAAAGACACUGUUUUUUCAUUUUAAUGUGUUCAUUUUUGUUUAGCACUGCAUUAAAUUUGGACAAAUAAAAAAAAUACACUGAGUGCAAAACAAGUUCCCUAUGUUACAGUAAAUCUGGGCCCUAAUUUUCCCAUACAGAUAACUGGUGCUCUACAGCGUUAUCCUAAUGACAAAUCUUACGGUUCAAAAAUGCACGCAGUGAAGUUGCGUAAGAAGUAUGUUUUGAAUAAUUGUUUGCAAGUGCAGCACAAAGAGUGGGAAUAUGGAUACCAUCAUGUAAUUAAAUAGAUGGUAUCAUAGGCAGUGGAGACAGCUAUCAAGAAUUGCACCAUGAUCUUAGUCAGCUGGUAGGUUGACUGAAGAAAGGCAAAUAGAGAUUAAUUCGGAUAAGAGUAAGGUUAAUUUAAGGAAGUCAAUCCAGGAUAGGACGUUCACAAUAAACUGUGGGGCUCUGGGGACUGUUGUAGUAUAGAGAGAAUUUGGAAUACAAGUAUAUCAUUCCCUGAAAGUGGAGAGAUAGGUAGAUAGGUUGGUGAAGAAAGUUUUUGACACUCUGGGCUUCAUCAGUAAGUGCAUUGAGCAUAGAGGUUGAACAUUAUGUUGCAGUUGUACAAUAUGCUGGUGAGGCCGUAAUUGGAGUAUUAUGUUCAGUUUGAUUACCUCCUGUAAGACAGAUGCCAUUAAGUUGAAAAAUGCAGAACAAAUAUUUACCAGGAAGUUGCUUGGACUCGAGGGAUUGACAGGGAGAGAAAUUGGGCAGCCAAGGACUUUAUUCUGUGCAGCAUAGGAGACUAAGGGGUAAUCAAUGGAGGUGUAUAAAAUAAUGAGGGUCCUAGAAAGGGUGAAUGCACAAAGUCUUUUUCUCAGAGUAGGGGAGUCAAGAACAAAAUGGUAUAGAGGAGCAACUUUUUCACACAGUCAACAGUAUAUAUUAAAUGAGCUGCCAGAUGAAAUGGCUGAGGCAGGUCAGAAACAACAUUUGAAAGACAUUUGGGCAGGUACAUAGAUAGGAAAGCAUUAGAGGGAUAUAUAUCAAAUGUGGGCAAUUGGGUACAGCUUAUAUGGGCACUGGUUGUAUUGGAUAUGCUAAGCCAAAGGGUCUGCUUCCAUGAUGUAUGAUGCUGCCUGAAUGAUAUUGUUAUUUUAAGCUGUGCAACAUCAUUAUUUCCUUGGCCUAAAAUUUCAAAAGACCAUUACUGUGCUGUGCUGUUUCUGACAAAAGGUCUUGAAUUAAUUUCCGUCAAGUGCCUAUCCAAAUUUAUUUUGAAAUCUUUAAUUGUAUCAGCUUCCUUCCUUUGCUCUCUUAGGUGGUGAAAUCCAGAGAUUUCACUGCUCAUAAAAAAAUAUUCCUUAAACUCUUUAUUAGAUCAGAAGAAUCUUAAAUCAGUGGCACUUAGUCUCAUUGGUUAACGAGUACAGAUUUUGUUGAACUACUUUAACUAAACAGUUCAUAAUUUUUUACAUGUAUCUUUAUAAAAUUUCCCUCGCCUUCUUGGUUUCCAAGGUCCUUGUAACUGAAAUCUAACAUGCCUGAGAUUAUUUUGCUAAAUGUGCUUUGUCACCCUUUCAAGGACCUGCAUAUCCUUCCUAACGUGUAGUGACCAGCACUCUUGUUUUCACUUAACAAGAGCUUUAAGAAGGUUCAGCAUCAUUUCUCUACAUUUAUAUACAAUUAUUUUAUUUAUGAAGCCUGAAAUCCCAUAUGUUUUGCUAACUCUCCAUAAAUCCCACCAUCUCCAAACAUCAAUGCACACGAUCGUAUCUUUAACAUUAAAUUGAGCAACUGUGUCUUUAUCUGCAUUUUCUUCUUGUUCUUCACAUAAAUCUAAGUAAGUGUGGCAACGUCAGCAUGUUAACUGGAGACCACUUAGCCGUAAUUUUGGCAUGUGCAUCUAAAGCAUUUUCUGAUAGAUUCAGUGAAAAAACAUAAUGAUCCAAUUAGUAAUGACUUUCUCUCUAUUAUUUCAGUAAAACAAAGUUAUUCUUUUCAAUCAUUAUGGAAAAUUAUGGAAAAUCACAAUUUUCUUGGACAUUUCUUCAAGUGCCUGUCAUUGGAUAAAUAUGCCAGUUAAGCCAUCGCAACUCAAUGAAACACAAUGCGACCUUCUCAAUGUACAAUGCAACCCUUUUACUUCAAACAUUUAUUUUGAUUGAUUGUUGAUGCCCAACUGCACUGCAAGUCUGUGCCUGAGAGGAGCCGGAACUGUGGGUUGCUUUAGUUACUCAUCCAAUUAGUAGCUUGGGGUAUGCAUCUUACAAUCGUUCCUGUGACCGUCUGUCAUUUGCCAAUGCUGCUUGAUAUCUUAUAACGUUCAGCAUGUUGUUGGUACAAAUUGUCAAUAUUGAUCACUAUAUGUUAUCUGGCACAGCAUUCUAGACAAUAAACGCAGAUGAUUAGCUAAUACUAUUACACGCAAGGCAGUAAGAGUUUACUAUUAACCGUUGCAUAAUGUUAACCGUACUAUAAUGUUUAACAUCUGAUCACAGCCUUACUCCACCUCUACCCUAAUUGUUCAACUCAUCAAAUGAAAGAUACAGAUUGUUGAGAUCCCCCUUGAAUUUGGACAAAACAAAUUUAAUCCAGCAUGAAUCAUCCUUUUAACUCAACUUCCGAAGCUUAAUUUUAUUCAGUUUUCUUUUAACAUCCCACAAUCACAAGCCUGAUCAAAAUCAUGCGUAAAAACAUUUAGGCUUAAAUUUAUGUGGAAAUCACACAAUGAGGCUACUGUUAAACAGAUAUCUUUGCUAUGUUAUUCUGCAAAACAUACUGAAACAGUUUGGAUAGUAUCCGAGUUCCUAAUGUUAUGCUGCUCCUUAUCAAUGGAAAGGUAGCUAAAGAAACAUUUCUUAUUAUGCAUGUUGAUAUAAAGUGAGACAUUUUUGAUAUAAUUAGUAAACCCUGUUCACCCUGUUAUGUGCAUAUUCGGUAUGUCUGAGAGAAAAGAUUAACGGUUGCAUAGCUACGUUCAUUUUGGAUUGGAGUAAUAGACGGUUGCCUAUGUAUUGAUAUAUUAGAAUGAGUCCAAGGGUAUUGUUGCUUAGAAUGUUAAUAUAUUUUAGCUCUAUGACAUGUAAGUAGAUUAAAUGUACUGGAUAACGUCUUUGUGUUAUCACUCCAGAGAGUGUAGAACCUGAGAUGAAUAAAAACUUUUGAUUUGUGAAUACUAGAUCUGAAAAGCUUUUAAUAAUAAUUUCUAGUUUAAAUUAUCUCUUCUCAGUUGAUUCCAAUUGAGGUAAACUUUAUUAUAAAGAUAUGCUAUUUAAAUUGGUCUAUUCACUGCUGAGUGUGCAAAUAUAAUAAACACUAAUAGUAAUAAGUUUUGAUUAUAUAAUUCUAAAACUACAAGAGAAACAUUUCUUGUGGUCUGAUAAUGAUCAGAGUCCGCUUACAGGAGCAAUUCAAGCUGCAUCUUAUUGAGAAAAGCAGCUAUUUUAAUUUACUGGAAAAUUGUACAAUAACACAAGGUGAUAAUUAAUUCAGCCACAACAUUCAGGAGCAAUGUUCCACUGCAAAGGAAAAUCAGUUGUUAACUUUGUGUGGUAGCAAAUGUUAAUUGUUGCCUAUGUAACACUCUGUCCUUACCACGUUCUUUAUGAAUGUAGCAUUUCCCAUUUAGUUUUGACAAAGUAAAACCUUUUUAUAUAAUUCACAUUUUAUGCUGGAUACAUUCUGCAUUUUGAAAUCAUCAGGUAAUCCACAUUUAUUGAAUUCAUUUUAUAAGUGCAACAGUUUAAUGAGUGCAGAAUUGCAUCGCAGUUUUGCUUAAAUGCAUUUAUCCAUGAUGAUGAAGUGGCAGUGCUUGUACUUUUAGCAUCUUAGAUAAAAGGAAAGCUGAUAGGGGCUAGUGAAGCAUUAACAGUCUGAACUAGCAAUAACAUAUUAAUAUCAUGACCUGUACUGUGUAUGUUUGAAAUAUUGAGGGUCUCCUACAACAUUCUCCUUCUGAAUGUAACAGGUUCAUGUUUGCAAUGUAUUCUUUUUUUGAACAUUCUCUAAAUUCCAUUUCUCUGAAUGCACUGCUUGAUACGUAAUGUCAAUUUCUGUAGUUUUCCCAGAAACGUUGUGAAUCAUAAUGCCUGUGAGAAAUAUGUUAAUUGGCUGUGUGUACCUGUUUGUUAUGCUUAAAAGUUAAUGUAUGUAAACAAAAUUCUCAUAUAUUCAUCAUCACUGAGUAGAAUUGUAAUGUCCAAGUUAAACACAACAGUUCAUUCCUCGUUUCCAUGUUUUUAGUUUGUGUGCUUCAUUUGUACGUUUAGUCCGCUUCCACAUGUCACUUUAUGAUAAUAUUGGAUACUGUAUUUCUUUGUUGUCCCAUUGUGUAAUAUGAAAAUAAACAAAGUAAAAACUG